AUGGCAGACAACGACCUCCAAAAAGAAUCUCAGAGUAAUCAUUCAGCCGACAAGCAUUCGUACCAUACCGAUCUGUUGGGCAACACGGCCAUGUUUAAGCAGAAUUUGGUCCCUAGACUGGCGCAUGAUACAGAGUCACAGUCUCCUGAUCUCUCAGCCAAUCAGAAGCCCGAGCAUCUCCCCAAUGUACCUGGCCAGCACGACACCUAUGCUGCACCUGAUGAGAUGAUGGGCAGAGACAAGCUGAGCAGACUUGUGCAUUCAACAGACCAGGCUGAGGGAAACCUUCGCGAGCCUAGUGCUCCGGGAAUCAAUAGCUACUCCGAGGAAACACCUCCGGCUCAAUCUGACCUUGAUCAGCCUCAGCAAAAGGACAUGAUGAAUUCUUCUACGCCUGGCCACGUCGGACCCGACGUCACGCAGACUGUGCGAACUCCCUCACGCGAUUCAUUCCAGAAGACCCGCCAGGACCAGAAGUCGUCCGAAGCGCACGUAGCACGCAAGAGACAAAUUGAGGAGUUGGACAGUAUCAUCUCGUCAAGUCGCAAGAAGUUCAAGGACGCCAAGGACAGCGCCAUGCAACGCCUUGAGGACGAGUUGAAUUUGGUCACGGGGUCAUGUAAAGACGAUGAGUGCUACAAUCGAAUGCUUCAGUCGGACCAGCCAGCUCAGCAGCAAUUGGCCAACGAUUUCAGAGAUUCAUUUAUAAUGCUCGAUGACGUUAAAGCUGGACUCAUGGUGAUGCGUGAAGCCCGGGGGGGCCACGGCCAGCCACUCACGUGGCUAGUUCGUGCCCCACCCAGCUUGCAGUCAAGCCACACAUAA